CCUGCGCAGAGCUUAGGAGAUCCACAGAGCCAGCGCUGGGGAGAAAUGUGUCUCCACAAGCAGAGACCGCCUUAAGCUCUAAAAUGUGAUUCCUCACAUGACUCAGCUGUGACUCUGGCAUCUGGGUAGGGCUUGCAGCUCCCCCGUUUUCAUGCCCAGGGCUGCACCAUUCACAGAGCAGCCCAGGGCCACGGGCAGGACCAGCCUAGCAGCCCAGCCACAGAGGAGCCAGUCAACCUCUCCCGGCGCCCGUGCUGGGGGGCUUUCUGUGCCAGUGUCAAGGAUGGAGGAGGGGGAGAAGAGCCCCUUACUGCCCCAGGAUGCCGCAGGCCAGAAGGUGCCCCUCUCUGCGCGAAGUCUACCCACCUCUGACUGCCCAGGUCCAGUGCCCUGGGAGGACCAGGCAGAGGGCUGGGACUGCAGCUGCUGUCCCUCGGGGACCAAACCCCAGGCCUUGAAGGCCACCUCUGGGAAAGGCACAGCCCCUUCCCUCUCUGCAGGGAGCAGCUGUGUCAAGUAUCUGAUUUUCCUGUCCAAUUUCCUAUUCACCCUGCUGGGCCUGCUGGCCCUGGCCAUCGGGCUCUGGGGCCUGGCCGUCAGGGGGUCUCUGGGAAGUGAUCUGGGGGGGCCCCUGCCCUCAGACCCCAUGCUGGGGCUGGCACUGGGGGGACUGGCAGUCAGUGCAGUGAGCCUGGCUGGCUGCCUGGGUGCCCUCUGUGAGAACACCUGCCUGUUACAUGGCUUCUCGGGGGGCAUCCUUGCCUUCCUGGUGCUCGAAGCCAUGGUGGGGGCACUGGUAGUGGCCCUCUGGGGCCCUCUGCAAGACAGCCUGGAGCACACCCUGCGAGUGGCCAUCACCCACUACCAGGACGACCCAGACCUGCGCUUCCUCAUCGACCAAGUUCAGCUUGGGCUGAGGUGUUGCGGGGCGGCCUCCUACCAGGACUGGCAGCACAACCUGUACUUCAACUGCAGCUCCCCAGGGGUGCAGGCCUGCAGCCUUCCCGCCUCCUGCUGCAUCGACCCCCGCGAAGAUGGAGCCUCUGUCAAUGACCAGUGCGGCUUCGGAGUCCUGGGCCUGGAUGCGGACACAGCCCAGAGAGUGGUGUACCUGGAGGGCUGCGGCCCGCCGCUCCAGCAGUGGCUGCGCGCGAAUCUGGCGGCCGCGGGAGGCUACGUCAUCGCGGUGGUGCUGCUCCAGGGUGCGGAGCUCCUGCUGGCAGCCCAGCUGCUUAGGGCCCUCGCUGCCUGCAGGGGCGCGGCGUCAGGUCCCGGAGCGCUGGGGGAGGACGGCACUGGCCACCCGAGCCCCGGCCUCUGCGCUGCGCCUGCUACCAAACCGCCCCGGGCUGAGCGCACGCCUGCACAGGGGUCUGGGGCGCCCCCGCCCAGCUGAAACGCGCUGCAUGCACCGCCGCCUAGUUUCACUUGGGCUUCUGGAGCCUCUGCCGGGGGACCUACCCAGCUUGCCCAUGCCUCCUCCCCCAUGCCAGCCCCCAACGGAGGGCGCCUGGCGAAGCCACCGGGCUGGUGGAGGAGCGCACAGGGCGGAAGGAAAUCCUGGAGCCGACCCAAGCCCCAAUUCCCACCCCAGCCACACAGCUCCCACCUCCUGAUGUUGUACCUGAGCCAGUCAAGGAAUACGCCACACUCUGAGAUUGAA